AUGGAGGCAGUAGGCGUUGCACUUGCGGUCCUUCCUCUUCUUCUGAAUCAGCUCGAUAACUACGUACAAGGACUUGAGACUAUCAAAGGCUUCAGGGCAAAACGUUAUCGCAGAGAGCUCGAAGGUUAUUUUACAAACUUGGGUGCACAGCAGACAAUCUUUAUUAACUAUCUCUUGCGCUCUCUUGAUGGCGUAGGAUUGGACUAUGAAGAUGAAAUCAUUGAUCUGAGUUACAAUAGCCUUGGGGCUCUGUGGAGCAAAGAGUCUGUACAGUCUAAUCUCAAGAAGAGGCUGGGGAGAAAUUUCGAUCCAUUCAUUCAAAUGAUGAGAGAGAUAUCGAAUAUGUUAGAUGAGCUAUCUCGGAUGUUAGGAUGGGAUGAAAAUGCUUCUGUCGAGCAAUAUUGGAACAAAACGUCCUCAAUCGAAAGAGAAAUCAAAAAAUUUCGAAAUAUCUUCUCGAAGAGCAUCUACUCCGAUCUUUUCAGUCGAAUCCACACUGCCAACAAGAUCCUAGGCACUCUAUUAGAGCAGACGGAUUAUCAAACCAGGAUUCAAAAACGGAGAACAUCAAAAGCGUCAUUAAUACGACAAAAAAAGGCUCGCAGAUCCGCUUAUAGUCUUCACAAUACAAUCGUACGGGGUAAAUACUGGAAUUGCCCUUGCAAAGACCAACACUUGGUGCAUUUCGUUUUCACUCCUCCAUAUGUGGAGAACCGUGGCCAUCAAAAGGAUUCUAGAUUCAGACUGGUUUUCACGACUAAUUCUACUCCCGAUGUUCCUCAACUAGCCGGUUAUAGUCGUGAAAUCGAGGCUCAACCAGAUUUGAUUCAACAAAGUUGUCAAACCCUCCCUCUACUCCAAGCCACUGUUGAAAAAAAGACCAAGGUUCCAUUUUCUCCCACACCACCGACACAAGAGAAUCUUCCAAUCCCAGAUAUUCCAAAGGCCUCUCCGAUUUCAAAUCUUUGUCACACGUUGUCACAGGCCAAUGGAGACCAGCUUCAGUUGCUUGGUUGCCUGACGGAUGAUAGUUAUCAGCACAGAAUGUAUUUUGUGCGAAGCUACGCCGAGAACCUCAAGUCACAGUCCCUUGCAGAGCUGAUAGGUGCUGCAAUGAACCCGGGUGACAAAUAUCAAUUUGUCCUCCCUCAGCGACACCGACUAAGACUAGCUGUGAAUCUUGCAUGCAGCGUUCUCCAAUUCCACGGAAGUUGGUUGAAGAAUGAAUGGCGAGCCCGAGACAUCAUGUUUAAUACAAGCACGUCGGCCGAUGUUGAAAAUCCUUAUGUCCUCUGGAACAUGAUGAAUGCGGAGCAAAAAGGCAAACAGAAGGCUAGCGCCGCGCUUAUUAGAAGCGAAAUACUUUUCCCUCUGGGUUUAGUCCUUGUCGAGCUUUCUUUGUGUCGGACAAUCGAGUCUCUACGCACACCAGAUGAUGUUGACCAGGAUGAAGCUCAAACGAAUCUGAAAACGGCAGCUCGCCAUUUACAAUCUGUGGACACGGAAAGCGGGGAUUAUUAUGGAAAGGUGGUUGAAAGGUGCCUGUUCUGGCCUGGUAUCAAGGAGGCUACGUUGGAUGAUGAGGAACUGCAGGACGAAGUGUUUCAAAUGAUUGUUCUGCCCUUGAUUGAGCAUUUGAACAAUUUUGAGGGCAGGUCUCAUAUGUAUUGA